GACGAGAGUGGCAGCACAUGAGAAGUCCAGUGGCUCUGGGCCUGGUUGCUCGUCCACCGUCUACAUGUAGCAUGUACGUACCAAUACCAAAGCAAACAAAAGACAUGUUCUCCUGGUCCUGCAGACUGUUGUUGAAGUGGAGAUACGCCGUGAGCAAGCUAGGCAUUUGGCAGGCAUGGAUGACAGGCAGACACAGCGGCGACAGGAGCCUUUUGAGCUAUGCCAGCCUCAUGCUUAACCUUCUAAUCUAAUGCUAAUAAAUCAUGGGCUAGCUAACCCAGGCAGGCAGGCAGGUGCAUCUAAUCUCCCCAGGCCGGCCUCUCUGCCAGGCCCCCACCAUGAGGGCGAGGCGCUACGGCCACAUGGACUACAGAUGGAAAUACCUGUAACACUGCGUUGCAAGCAAAAUGCCUCCUCCUCCUGCUCCUCCUCCUCCCUUGGCUUUGGCUUUGGUGACAAGAGAGGAGAGGGUACGCAAAUGGUUGGGGAAAGUUAUGGGUGACAGUUGGAGCUCGCGAGGAUAGGCCACCCUUUCCCAUUUAAACACACUGCCAUCCUCUCUGCGGUUCCUUCACACACCUCCACCCCCAGACACACCAUAGCCAUACACAUGGUCCGGCCCUGAAGAAUUCUUGCCCCCCUCUCAUGCAAUCCAGCCCCUCCCUCUGAAUUCUCUGUCCUCUGAAGAAGGCUGAGUGCAGGAGGAUCCGGUGCUCUUCUCGGGUUAUGGGUGCUCAAGAAGCAUAGACAAGAACAACUCCAUCUUCAGUGCUGCAUUGUUGAGGAGAUUCAGAUUUCGGAAGAAGCAUAAGAGUUGGUGUUCGCAGAAUUCUCCAUCGACCUCGUUCUGCCUCUCUUCUUUGGCCUUUCUUUUCUCUCUUUUGGUCUCCCGCUCCCGUGGCCUGUCAUGGAAUCCUCCCAUAUCACCGGGGAUGGCGGCGAAGAGUGCAACAGCAAUGAAUCCGGGUGGACGAUAUACCUGACCUCCCCCACGAGCAGCUAUGAAGCAAAAGAGAAUGGCAGUGAAGGGAGCAAUGUUGAAGAUGGCAGUGGUUACAUCACUGAGAGGAGGAAAGGGAAGGAAGAGAACAACGCGGAUGAUGAUGGAGAUUAUGAUUCCCUGGCGUCUGAUGCUUCCACAGGGACAUCUCAAGUGAAGGUGCUUGAAGGCAAAGAAGAGAAAGAUCGUCAGACAAAUGACGAUUGCAGCAAUGAACAUGGCAAGGAUGAACAGGCUGAGACGCUUACCAAGUUCUCGACCGGCAGCAACAAAAAGGCGGGCAAGGUGAAGAAAGGGGACGACAAAAGCAGCAAAAGAGGCCACAAUAGAAGACGUAGCUCAUCAAGAACAAGCUUCUUUUGGUAAAGGAUGUAAAAACCUUGCUCGUCUAUUUCUUUCUUAUCAAGCUAGAAUCGAUGUCAGAGGCAUGAGGAAUUGAAGGCCUUGUCAUGGUCCCUGCUAUUGCCUUCUAUUGUUUUGUCCAUUUGUUAGCCACCUCAUAGGUUAGUUCUUCCUAUGCAAAUCUGUCACCCUUGAAUUAUUAUUCAUUGCCCUAUUCUUAAUAUUGA